AUGGACGCACGGUUGGAGCUGGUCCUGGAGCGCAUCAAAUUCCUGCGCCAGGCUGGGCUUACUUCGAUCAGCGAGGAGUGGGACCUGGGCAGGUCGGCGCUGAAGGGCCUGCUCCGGGUGGUGACCGGGGUGGCUGACCUGAGCUGGGCGGAGCUUCCAUGGAAAGAGAUGGCGCUCUGCGCCAAGCCUGACCGGGUGGCGGUGCAGGCGAAACUGCCGGAGUUCGACGCCCAGGGGUUGUCUAUGGGCGCCGCCAAGAGUCAAGGGCGGCCGGGGGCACCGAGGCCGCCGCCAGCCCUUGAGCCAAGCGCGCCCGAGCCGAGUGCACCAGCGGGGCCAAUGCCAAUGAUUACAGCGGCAGAAGCGGGGCCACCGAGCACAACUGCGGAACCGGGGACACCUAGCACGAUGGCGGAGUCGAGGCCGGCAGGCGCGGCGGCAGAGCCAGAGCCGGCGUGCAUGGCGGCGAUGCUGGGGUCGUCGAGCGUAGCGGCGGAGCCGGGGCCAGCGAGCGCGGCGGCGAAGCCAGAAGCGCAACCGCCGUCCUGCCCCGAGUUGACAGUAGAGGCCGCGCCCGAGCGCCCGUCACCGUCUGAGUCCGGCCCAAGCGCGCCGAGCACGGGGUGGAUGACCGAGCGCGCCUGGGAGGUGAUCGGGCGGCUGGAGGUGGCUAUGGCGGGGGAGAUGGCGCAGCAGGAGGCGGAGCGCGCCGCUCUGGCCAUAGAGAGAGCACAGCUUACUGCAGCUUGGCGCGUUUUCGACUCCCACCUCGCCGCAGCGCGCGCCGUCAAUGAGGACGAACGACGCGCUAUGGAAGAAGAGCGGAAGGCCUUGGAGGAGGCCCGCGCGGAGGUCGCACGGGGGUGGAAGGCUCUAGAGGAGGCCCGCGUGGAUCACGUCGAAGGGGAGCUCCAACGCCGAGAGCAGGAUGUCACGAUCCGGGAGACCAACGCCGAGAUAACGGCGGCAGACUUGGGUGCCCGAGAGGAUAUGCUGGCCCACCGGGAGGCGGAGGCUGUCGAGGUGGCAGCGGUCGCUGCUACUAGGGAGGAGCGGGCCACCAAGCUCGAGGUAGAGCUGGCUACCACCGAGAAGGCGCUGUCCGUCUUCGCAGGGCAGGCGAAGCUGGCUGAGGCCCAGGUGCUCGGCGCAGGCUCUGCUAGUGCGGCCAAAGGGCAGGGUCUUGAGGAUCGCGGUCUGUGA